AUGCCGCGGGGAUACCGCGGUGGAUACGGCUAUGCAUUCGCGGGGUUGGGGAAGCGAAACCGUGAGGCAUUCGUGGAAGCGUCAUCUGCUGCUAACGCACGUGUUGGUUGGCCAGUCGGGGGUCGCGGUGGCGCGGAUGCCAAAGCUAAAGCCAAAGCCGAGGCGGACGCCGAGUCGGAUGCGGCGAACGCGCGCGUCGCGUUCGCGGCGGGGGCGACACGCGUCGCUCUCGGCGACGACACGAACGCCGCGAGGCGAGACGAGGCGGCGCCGAAGGCGGCGAGCGGAGUCGGAUUGGAGGCGCCGGUGGAGAACGACGCGCCCAAAGAUACCGCUGGUGGUGUCGCGACGGCGACGACGCUCGCGUUGAAAUACGUCACACGCGCCGCCGGGAACGGACUCGGAGGAGCACCGGUCGUCACCUUGGCGGUGUUUAAUGCCGAAUUGUGCGCCAAGACCAUGAACAAUGAGACGGUGCGCGGCGUGGAUUUCGAGAGCAUCAUCUCAGACAUUUACUCGCGCGUCUCACCGAGCGCGUGCGCGCGGGACAGUUUCGCGCGUUGGCUCGCGAGAGGAGCGCCAUUGUUCGCGGCGACGGGGCUGCCGAAGGUCGACAUAGAUGAUGAUGAAGCGUGUCGCCAACGUGCAUUUCGACGUACCACCGGUCCAAUAAUCGCAGAAUGGUCCUCCCCGCUCAACGCGGCGGAGUCAAAGUAUGCGUGUCAAAAUCUUAACGCGGUUCGCGCCGCGGCGAUGGCGCUGGACGCGAGCGAAUUCGAGUUGCGUCAGGCUUUGGAAAAGGUCGAGACGGCCACGGGAUCGAUGGCGCGAUAUCUGAACGUACGCGGGUGCUAUCACUACAGAAUUCGCACCGACGACGGACUCGUGUUCGCGUACAUCGGGGAAAGUGUCGAUGUAGAGCGACGAAUCAACGAGCACUUGACGGCGCUGCUCGGCGACGGGCGCGCGCACGACAUGCAGCGAGGACACGCACUCGUUCGACGAGCCCAAAAGGGCGACGACGACCAUGCUGAUGCUGAUUUUCAAUGCAGUUUGUGGGUCAUUCACGGACAGGAUGAAGCGAGCGCGGUCGAGUUGGCGAAGACGUACGUGAAAACGUGCGCGUCGACGCCGUCGAUUUUGGAAGUCGCGCGCGCGAUUGCGAGCGCCGGAUUCUUCGUCGAAGCGGUAUUCACCGCGCACUACGGGACCUUGCACGAGCACACCGCGGACGGCGUCGUCGGAAUGAACUUUUCUCAGCCCGGUGUGUGCCAUACCAGGGAGGUCACCCGCGAGUAUACGUGGAACGAGAUCAGAGAGACAUCCGGAAAGAAGACGCGAUGUACGAAGACUUUGCCGGCGUUCACGUGCGGACGGUGCGACAGAGAUUUUCCGCAAGGAAAGUCGCGAAGUCACUCCCACGGAGACGGCCAUGGACGCGUGUGCGACAGAUGCUACCAAAUCGCUUUGUAUGCAAAGAAGCCGCAGUUUCAGUGCCUUGAGUGCGACAGAGAGAUGCAAGGGAAACAAAGUUACCGCGGAGACGGCGAUGGACGCGUGUGCGAAAGAUGCUACCAAAUCGCUUUACUCGCAAAGCGACCACCGUUCACGUGCGCGCUAUGCUCGCGUGCGGUUUCUCGAGGGAAGGCGAGUCAUCCCCAAAGAGAUGGUGACGGGCGCGUGUGCGCUGGGUGCUACCAAAAAGCAAGCAAGGCGAAUCGACCACCGCUCACGUGCGCGCUAUGCUCGCGUGCGGUUUCUCGAGGGAAGGCGAGUCAUCCCCAAAGAGAUGGUGACGGGCGCGUGUGCGCUGGGUGCUACCAAAAAGCAAGCAUCGCAAAGCAACCACCGUUCACGUGCGCGCUAUGCUCGCGUGCGGUUUCUCGAGGGAAGGCGAGUCAUCCCCAAAGAGAUGGUGACGGGCGCGUGUGCGAAGGGUGCUACCAAAAAGCAAGCAAGGCGAAUCGACCACCGUUCACGUGCGCGCUAUGCUCGCGUGCGGUUUCUCGAGGGAAGGUGAGUCGUCCCCAAAGAGAUGGUGACGGGCGCGUGUGCGAAGGGUGCUACCAAAAAGCAAGCAAGGCGAAUCGACCACCGUUCACGUGCGCGCUAUGCUCGCGUGCGGUUUCUCGAGGGAAGGUGAGUCGUCCCCAAAGAGAUGGUGACGGGCGCGUGUGCGCUGGGUGCACCCAAAAAGCUCUCAAGGCGAAUCAGCCACCGUUCACGUGCGCGCUAUGCUCGCGUGCGGUUUCUCGAGGGAAGGUGAGUCAUCCCCAAAGAGAUGGUGACGGGCGCGUGUGCGUUGGGUGCUACGAAAAAGCAAGCAAGGCGAAUCAGCCACCGUUCACGUGCGCGCUAUGCUCGCGUGCGGUUUCUCGAGGGAAGGUGAGUCGUCCCCAAAGAGAUGGUGACGGGCGCGUGUGCGAAGCUUGCUACAGGAAAUGCCUCGCGUCCACCCGCGAAAUGUGA